GGACGGCGAAGAAGAGACUCUCCCUGCUUUCUGUAACCACUGAAAAAUGGCGGCGUCCGUGUGCCGAGUUGGGAGCACCGUGGGUCGAGCCCUUGCCAAAUCCCGCAGUCCCAUCCUGCUGUCUUUGAGGCGUGGGCAGGCCUCAGUCAGCUAUGCUCAGAGCCUGGUGGGAGCCCCUGAGACCCGCCUCACUGCCCUGGACAAUGGUUUGAGGGUUGCAUCUGAGGAGACUGGACAUGCCACAUGCACCGUUGGACUGUGGAUCAGUGCUGGCAGUCGCUAUGAGAAUGAGAAGAACAACGGAGCAGGCUUCUUCCUGGAGCACAUGGCUUUCAAGGGGACGAAAAAGCACCCUCAGACAGCCCUAGAGCAACAGGUGGAGUCAAUGGGUGCUCACCUGAGCGCCUACACCUCUCGGGAGCAUACUGCAUACUACAUGAAGACCCUGGCCAAAGAUCUCCCCAAAGCCGUGGAGUUGCUGUCAGAGGUGGUGCAGAGCUGCUCGCUGAAUGAGGCAGAGCUUGAGCAGCAGAGGGGCGUGGUGCUGCGCGAGCUAGAGGAAGUUGAGGGCAACCUGCAGGAAGUUUGCCUGGACCUGCUGCAUGCCACGGCCUUCCAGGGCACUCCUCUGGGACACAGUGUGCUGGGACCUUCUGGCAAUGCCAGGACUCUGACCCGCCAGGACCUGGUGGAUUAUAUCAACAGCCACUACAAGGCUCCUCGCAUGGUGCUGGCUGCUGCAGGAGGUGUGAACCAUGAUGAGCUGGUCACUCUGGCCAAGUCUCACUUCAGUGGAGUGUCUUUUGAGUACGAGGGCGAUGCCGUCCCUCUGUUGUCACCAUGCCGAUUUACAGGCAGCGAGAUCAGUAUGCGAGAUGAUGCUUUGCCUCUGGCACACAUUGCCAUUGCUGUGGAGGGUGCCAGUGCUGCCAGCCCGGACAUCGUGCCUCUCAUGGUGGCCAACUCCAUCAUCGGCAGCUAUGACCUCACCUUCGGUGGCGGAAAGCAUCUGAGCAGCCGUCUGGCUCGCCUGGCAGUGGAGGAGAACCUGUGUCACAGCUUCCAGGCCUUCCACUCCUCCUACAGCGACACCGGCCUGCUGGGCAUUUACUUUGUGACUGAUAAAAACCACAUCGAGGACAUGAUGCAUUGGUCCCAGAAUGCUUGGAUGAACCUGUGCACCACAGUGACAGAGAGUGAUGUAGCCAGAGGCAAGAACGCUCUGAAGGCCAGCCUGGUUGGACAGCUCAAUGGAACAACACCAAUUUGUGAUGACAUCGGCAGACACAUCCUGAACUACGGCCGGCGUAUUCCUCUGGCCGAGUGGGACGCUCGGAUCGAUGCCGUGAACCCCGGGAUGGUUCGUGACGUCUGCUCCAAAUAUAUUUACGAUAAGUGUCCUGCUGUGGCAGCUGUCGGCCCCGUUGAGCAGCUACCCGACUACAACAGAAUUCGCAGUGCCAUGUACUGGCUCAGGUUUUAAAAUCCGUUGUGUUGCUCCAAUUGUCCCAUGUUUGCUAUUCAUCUUCCUCCUCAAUUUCACCCUGCUUUCCUCCUGUCAACGCUGCGAGAGUGAACACUUGAGAAUUGUCCACACGUUGGCUUUACGGCACAGGCAGCCAUCCAUCCUCUUUCCCCUCCCUGCCUCCCUCUCUUAUCCCGCCCACUGAUCACACUUAGUUAGCCAUGAGGGGGGUAGUCAGCCUGCACAUGGUACAUGUGAUUUACCUCUUGAUUUUACAGCACAGGUCCUCAUCCCCCAGGUACCAACUUGCAGAGGGGAGGGGAAAGAGGGCGGACUUCAAUACAAAAUAUCUACAGGACACAUCACAGUUGGUACUGAAUACAGUCAGUUUGGAGCAAGAGUAUAUUUAUAAUUUCUGUAACAUUUGUUUCUGUCCUCUAUUGUACAUAACAGAAGCUCUCAUUCCGAUGAAAAUAAAAUGCUGUAAAACAA